AUGUCGAAUGUUCAAACCUCGGAAUUCCGCCGCCUUCGACGGGUGGAGCCUAUCUCCACAGGCCUUCAUGAGCACUUGAGAACGGAUCCCUCGCAACGAAAUAUUUUAACAUCGCUUCCCGACCCAACGAGUCCAUUAACCACUAAAACCCUCCUCAGGUUAUGGCUAGCAUCUCCUUGGGAGGACUACACAUCGAUGCAGCCCGCGUCUGUAUGUGGGGGGUCUUCAUUAGCCUACCGCCGAGGGGCCUAUUUUCGAAAGGUCGCUGUCAGAGCUUGUACAGAUGCUGGAGGUGUUCCGCUUCUCCGAGCGCUCUCCAGGAUUCAGCAUCCCAACAUCGCAACCCUUUAUGAUGUAUACUGCUAUGAGGACAAAAUUUUCACGGCUUCAGAGUAUCUUGAGAUCUCCUUGGUUGAGCUCGACUUGCCGUCUUUACCGCUGGAGGAAUGGGAGAUAGCAACCGUACUGGCCGAGGUCCUCAAAGGCUCAGCUUAUCUUUUAUCUACUGGGGUAUCAUGUAGAGAAUUGUCUAUGUCCGACAUACGAAUUUCCACGAAGGGGAAUGUUAAGAUUGUCCUUGGUCUCGAACAAUAUACACGACUAGCAGUAGAUGACUGCGGAACGGCCUCACAUGCCAUUCUAGGCAUGCCAUACGUAGCUGAAAUAGUAGGCGAGAUGUUGCUCUCCCGAUAUCCUAUUACCAAUGAUGGAGGGUGGUCUGAGAACGCUCUCAAGUUUGAGGCCUGCUGUUUGUCCGGGUCGAUCGCGAGCAUAAUGACGCAUUCCUUCCUUGAACAAGCCGAGCCUGCAAGUAGCCUCGCACCCCGCGUUCAAUUCGCGGCGGAAUUUGCGAGACUCGACUCGCUAAAUCUGAAGAAGUCCAGAGGGUUAGAUCACCUUGUGGCUCCAAAAUAG